AUGUUGUUUGUUUCAGAGUGGAGAGCCUCACACAGAGAGCAGUCCACAGUGUCCAACCAAGUGUCUCUGAAGAGUGACAGUUCUAUUUACCUGCCCCAGAAUUCAGCCUUGAUCCACUACAAGAACCACUUGCUCCUGUCCGCCCGCGCCAAUGCCCAGACCCCCGUGGACAUCUCCUUCCAGAGAGACCCGGUGCAGGUCCAGACUGGCGGUGGGAUCCAGUUCACCGUCAUCACCGUGCCCAACGUCUUCACCAUGACGUGGCUAUACCAGAGCGGAGCUACUCUGGGGCUGUGGGUGAACAACGCCCCCGUUGUCAACGAUGUGCCACAGUUCCAGGGCAGAGUCACCAUCACCGCCACCACGCUGCAGAUCAGGAGCGCUGUCCUGACAGACGCCGGGCAGUACACGGUGGAAGUGGACCCAGCGGUCAGCACAGGACUGGGGAAAAACUCCAAGUCGGUCACUCUCCAAGUGUACGAUCCAGUGACGGGUGUGAACCUCUACGUGCCCCCGGUGGCCAUAGAAGGGAAGAACAUCUCUCUGACCUGCACGUAUCAGUCUGGCACAGAGGUCACAUUCCUCUGGACCAAAGGUGACACCACUCUGGCCUCCAGCUCCAGGAUCACCAUCUCAGGAGGCUCUCUGAUCAUCAACCCAGGAGAGCGCGCUGACGCUGGGGAAUAUACCUGCACUGUCAGUAACCCUGUCAGCUCCAGCUCCGCCAAGCAGACCCUCACCGUGUACUACGGCCCUGACACCCCAGUACUGACAAAGGACACAACCAAAGACUGUGUGGGUGCUGGGGACGUGUGGGCGGGUAAGACCAUCACACUGACCUGCACCGCCUCCUCCCUGCCCCGGGCUCAGUUCUCCUGGCAGUUCGAUGGACAGGCCAUUAGCAGCCCAGACACCGGUCAGCUCAUCCUCCAGACCUCCUCCACCAGCCAGAGCGGCAGAUACGCCUGCACUGCCAGGAACUCCGUCACCGGACUCACCUCGGAGCAGGCCACAGAUCUGGUGGUGACCGAUGUGUGCCUGGAUGUAGGAGAGGUCGUAGGGGUCGUCAUUGGCUCCUUCAUCUUGCUGAUAUUACUCAUCAUCCUCAUAAUUCUUCUAAUCAGAUACAUACUAGUCAGGCGGAGGCGUCAAGAGGCCAGCGCUGUGCAGAAGAACGAUGCAAAUCCUCGGCCUAUACCUGAAAACCCACCCGCUAAUGUUGGAAGAGAUUUAGCCCAAGGUCCCCAGCCUCCUCCUCUGUACCACACCAACCACGUGUACACUCCCCCUGUGCCUGAACGAAAUGAAGAUGUGCACAGGCAAAAUCGGAACACUCAAAAUAUCUCUGCUCGCCCCCUUCACAAUGGGAACCUUCUCACAAAUGGCCGCCAACACAAUGCCAUUCAAAACUCUAUUAACCGAACUCCGCACAGUGGCUUCGAAAACCAGGCUUUUGCGCUAGACGAACUUCAAACCGCGCCCCAGCAGCCAAUGCACAAUCCGGACAUUGUCAUACAAACUGGAAACGCACAAGUCCGUCUCAACACUUUGCAGCAGGCGGCUCAGCAAGGCAACAAUGGACAAAUUCCCACCAUUCACGUCAAUCUCAACUCGCAUUCCGGAGACCAGCAAACUCCCAUGGAAAGCUCAGGCCCUCCCGUUGCCAGCACGACGGUGGACGAAGCGACGCAAACUCCGCAAAAUACGAGACGGGCUGCUAGUACUUUGAGGACCCCCAUGCUGGAUCGGCAUAGAGCUAUUCUUCAAGCAGAUCCUGGGCAGAUUCCAACAGGUUACACGCAUUAUAAUCAGAAUAAUAUCGUUGAGAGAAAUUCCAACAUAGACAUGGAAGUGUACAAUCAACGAUCAGAACCAAGAGGUAGAUCAGAUUCUAGGUCUUCUCAACCUGCAUCUCGACAUCAAGGGGACAGUUAUAACAAUCGGAAUAAUAUUAUUGAGAGAAAUUCCAACAUAGACAUGGAAGUGUACAAUCAACGAUCAGAACCAAGAGGUAGAUCAGAUUCUAGGUCUUCCCAGCCUGCAUCUCGACAUCAACGGGACACUCAAUACAAUCGGAAUAAUAUCGAAGAGAGAAAUUCGCACACGGAAAUGUACAAUCAGCAAUCAGAACCAAGACGUAGAGCAGAUUCUAGGUCUUCCCAACCCGCAUCGCAACGCCAACAGCCUUGGGACACGCUAAGAGGAACGCCAUCCUACCCCAAUAAUCAAAGAAACCUGUAUUCCGAUACUACAGACUACACAACUCAUCCGCCGCUCCCCCAAGCAAGAUCCAGAAGCAGAGAGCGAAAUGAGAGGCCGAGAGAGCGGGAGAACAGGAGGCCGAGCAGGGAGAGGGAAGUGGAGAGCCAGCCCCGUUCAGAGAGGAGAUCAUCGCCGCGGGAGGAGAGGAGAGGGAGGGGGGAGAGCCGUGCCCCCAGGCAAGAAGGCAGCCGCGACAACAGCCCUCGGGCGCUUCCUCUCAUGAGCCAGCCCUCCCCCACCGGCCGUUGGCAAAAUCAGCCCGACACAAGAGCGCUGGUAGAUCCCAAUCACCUACCGCAGUCCCAGGCCAGUCAGCAAUUCAGGGAGGUCCCACAAACGAGCAACAGAGCACCGCAAGUCAACCAGGCGGCCAAUCAGACGCUUCAAAAUGUCCGACCGACCGUUCAGAUGCCACAAAGCAACCGUCCGGCCAAUCAGACGCCACAAAGCAACCAUGUGGCCAAUCAGAUUCCACAAACUCGUCAAACAGAAAGGCCACAAUCUCAGCUUACUCAACAAGCCCUCCAAGCCCACACGGAGCGGGCGCAGACAUUCCAGAACCGGAGGCAGCAGACGCAAGCCGCCCUGCUCCACCCGGGCCCCCAGGGGACCCGGCCCCCUACGCCCCCGCCGGUCAUACCCCUGCAGCAGUUUCAGGCCCUGCCCAAGGAGAGGACCAGGCAGAGGGAGGUCAGACCGCCCGUGAACAUGCCCGUAGCACAGAGGCCGCAUCACGGGCAUCACAGGCAGCAUACCGCAGCCAUGCCCCAGUCGCACCAUCAUCAUCAUCAUCAGGGUCAUCACCACACCGGGCACAGGCCGACGCAGGCGCAAACAUGGCAGCAACAGGCGCACAGGGGGAGGCCACGGUGACAACGCUGGCGAGCUACACCAAUGUCCCCCAAGACCGAUGUUACAAACGAACAGCGGAGAGACAUGAUCCAAUAUGGCGGCAGCGAGGAGAGGGGGCUGUCAGACGCGGGCCUGUCGAGAACAAGGAUGAGAAGAGCAAACAAAACGGCAGAGAAAGAAUGAAGACUGAAAUUUGUGUCUCCUAUGGGGAUGAUGAAAUAACGGAGAGAGGACGAUGAAAAGAUGCUGUUGUCAAGUGAAACAACGUGAGCACUUUUUGUUAUUCUGUGACAGAUUCUGUGAUAAUGUGUGUUUUGGAGAGAGGGACGAGGUAAACUAAAGCAAUUUUGGGGAACCUUUUGGCAAUCAAGCGUAGUUUAAAACUCCUUAUCAUUCCUGGGCUCUUUUUCCUAAAAUGUCAGACUAAAACGACUAGAUUCAAACUGAAGCUGUUUCUGAACCCUUUGGAGCACAGACAAAUGCCUGGACUUUUUGUGAAGCUAAGGCUCUGUAGUUUGGGCCUAUGCUUUCUGAUCUACUGCAAUUUUAAGUGGGAACAAGCUCUACACAGAGGAAUGUGAGAUUUCAAAUUACGCCUGAAUUAUUUGGGGUAAAUACUAGGGAUGUAACAAUAUCCAAAUCUCACGGUACAGUCUUUAUUACGAUAUUUUGUGGAGGCUUACAAAAUUGUGAAUAUGCUACUUUUUCCUCUUAAAAUGCCUUGACAAGACUUAAUUCAGAAAGUGUUUAGUCUUUAUGUAGUUGGCACCAAAAUCAGAGCAAAUGAUCAUGGUUGAUGUCAUUCCCUCGUUUUUUUUUUUUUUUUUUUAGCUAUUGCUGCACCAUAUGAGUGAAUUUAAGCAAAGAAACUUGUGAUUCAAUACAUUGUGAUGGUCCACGAUAUUAUUGAGAGACUUUUGACGAUACGACAUCACAAUAUUUUGGUUAUUGUUACACUCCUAGUAAAUACAGAUUCAAAGCACAGUUAUGUAAAUAUCUAUUUUUCUUUUAUAGAGAAGCAUUUUAUGGAGAUAAAUUCUUCCCUGAUUGUGGGAAAGAUAGACUUGAGUGGGCAGAGUUGGGUUUUAGUUUUUAUUCUUCCUCGAUUGAUCCGCUGUCUGUGUGCACAGGUAUAGCUGUUGUCCCUGGGGAUGAUCUGACAGCAGAUUGAGCGUUUGUUGGAUCUUGACAAUUUCUAUGUCAAAGCUGAAGCAUAUCUCACUAAACAUGAGAUUUAAGGACUUGUAAUGAGGAAAAAACAUAAAUUUGUGGUACAAACUGGUCCAGACUCUUCUCAGAACGGUUGAUUGACUUGAAAAUAAGUGGGUUACAGAUUUCCAUUAAUGUUUUAUACAUCCGUGAGAUUGAUCGUUCCCUUUUAUUAGAAGGUGGACAAAAAAAAGUACAAGGACCCACACAUGGUGUCUUGGAAUGAUAAGGGGUUCUAAAGGUUUUCUAGUGGAGGGUCUGCCAUUUGCUUUACCGAGGUCAGACAUGUCAAACUCAGGCCCGGGGCCAAAUUUGGCCCACGCUAUAAUUAUAUUUGGCCCGCAAGAUCAUAUACAAUACGUAUUAGAACUGCCCGCCGGCUACAGAGAGACAUUAUUUAUUUAAAAUGUUGUUAUUUUAUAUUAUGCUUGUUCUGGGUUAAAUUUUUAAGCAAAACUAUUAUUAAACAUUUAUUUUAAUAAGAAAAGUUUUAACAUUACAUAUCUCAAAAGAAGAGAAAACAUGCAGAUGUUGUUGAAAUGUUUGAAUAAAUAUUUAGUUUGGCCCACGACUUAGUCCCAGUUUUUAGUUUUGGCAAUUGUGAAUUUGAGUUUGACACCCAUGAACUAGCUCCUAGAAAGUUCCACAGUAUGGCAACACUGCUAACAGUAAGUAUACAUGUUUUUCAAGAUAUUUUUAAGCAAUAUAAACACAUGUAACUGAACUAAUACAAAACUGAUAUGUUUAAUGCCGUACUCUGGAACAUUCCAGACAAAGCAAUAAUAUCUCCAUUGAGAUAAGCAGGUAGCAGACCCCCACCACAAUAUUUUGAAUUAACAGUGAGACUCAAAGCCACUCCAUAUUUACUAAAAAAAAAAAAAUACAAUUGGGUAAUGUAUUCUAAAAAGUUUUUGCUGAAGUUUAGACAUUCAUGUUUUAUACAGAUUGUCAGUUUAUUGCCAAGAUACUGCCUUCUCUCAACACAAAGACUUUUAUCAUUAAUAAUGUGCUUUUAUACACUGUGCGCAAAGAGCAAAGAUAAGUAAGCAUCGUGGGCUGACUGCUUCUAUUCAGAUUUGUUGCAUAAUGUAAAAAUGGUGCCAAAUACUGUUUACGAAUGAAGAGGACAUGUUUACUAUAUUUGUAUAAAUCUGUUUGAUAUAAUAAUGUAGGGCUGUAGUUCUUGGUUGACUAAAGCAAGCAAAUAUUGCCUGUUGAUCAAUUAUUCAACCAAAAGGGGUCCCAAAUUGAUUAAAUAUCUCUAUAAUCUGACCAUGUAUCAGACCAAAACUGCACUCAUAAGUCUGCAACUACACAAGAGUUCAUGUCCAAACUAUUAAUGGAGAAAAGCACUAGGGAAAAAAUACAGAUUAAACUCAUGAUUCACUUGUUAAGCUGGUUCACUAUCAAUGGUGAAGUAAAAGUAGUCAAGUACUGUUCUGUAAAAAAUGUAGGUAUCUGUACUUUACUGUACAUUUUAAAGUUGAUACCUUUUACUUUUACUUCACAAUAUGUGAGAGCAGAGACUUUCUACUUCACUUUAUUUUUGAACAAAUAAAAACAGAUUGGAAAAAAUCUAUUCAUUUGUUUCUUUUGAACUAAAAAUUCUGCACAAAUCUUGACCAAAACCACUAAAUUUGAAGGUUUAAGAUCUAAAAACCUGCAUGAAAUACUUUGACUUUUUACCAUUUUGUACAUUUUUAAACUGGCACUUUAAUAUGUAAAUUU